AUGGCUCCCUUCAAACUUCUCCGGUCGAAAAAGAAGAAGGAAGAGCGCUCAGCGCAAUCUACAUCCGAGUCUUCCGUCCCCGGCCCCUCGAUCCAGCUCGUGACGAACCCAGACGACGACGACGCCGUCGACCGCGAGAUCGAUCCGGCGGCGUUUGGCAUCCCCAGACGAACUAGUCGGUAUGGGUUUAAUGGGCCGGACCAAGUGCCUGAAGGUGGACUCAUCAGCCUGAUCCCGUCGAGCGAGUCGCCGAAAAGAUUCCGCUCGCCCGAUCGGGAGUUUAUUUCUUCUUCGCAAGGGGCUGAGGAUGACUAUGAUCAGCAGCAGUCUCGAUAUCAGACACACGACACAGAUCAAUCGACCUACGCUGUCGCCGACGAGGCCGCGCUCGAGUCGUCCAGUCUCCGGUACAAGAAACCGAUCGAGGACGUGCCGAUCCCCGACAAUCUCAACGCAAAGCCCGGAGCUCAGCGGCGCACGGCUAUGGCGACCUACCGAUCGACUUCGUACAGAGAGUACGAGCAGCGGAUCAUUGAUGAUUCUGCUAGCGGUGGGUCGCGCGGAACGACGCGCGCGGGCACUGUCGACAGCUUUAGGUAUACGCCCGACACAUCGUACACGGAGAAUGCAGACGACCAAGCGAAUUAUUCAAACGACAGCGGAUAUUAUUAUAACCAGCCUGCUGCGGGCGAUACGAGCAACAACGAAAACGAAUUCGACGACGAUAACGCGAGCGAGGCGUUUAGUUUCCAGUCAUCUGUGCGAUAUGUGACUGACCGGCGGCGUCCGUAUUCGACUGCUGGUUACCAGCAGCAGCAACGGGAACCGCAAAGAACAGAAUCUCAGCAACAGCGCGCUGUUGUCGAUACUGAUGUGUAUGGUGAAGCAGUUCUCGACAGACCAGAGACGCGGAUGACACCGUCGGCUCUUGUGAGCGAGGAGGAUAUCUCGCCGUUGGGAGUUGAAGUGCGGUCUGAUACUGAUUCUCUGAUGAACAUUUCGCAGAUCAACAUUUUGCAGAUCAACAAUUCGCAGCAGUCAAAGCCCGAGAAACCGAGUCAGAGUCAGCAACAACAACAACAACAGCAACAGAGCGAGAGCUAUCCAGACAAAAGCCUGCCCGCUAGAUCACCUGAUCGCCCGGCGACCAGCAAUGCGACGGCGGAGCCGCCAGAACUGCUACAACCGCGCCCGCGACGAGUUUCAGAUAUAGGAACGCUGACGGCGAUGUCUGCAUCAGCUGAAUAUGUAGGCGGCGAAGAACGAAGCAGGUCGCCUCGGAAGGCAGGAGGAGGAGAAGGCCGCCCGAGGGUCCGGCUGGCCGCGCCGCACGACACUGACGCGCGUCCAUUGUCGCAUAUUAGUAUCAAGGGAGGGCAGGCAGGAUUGAUACAUUAUCCCGCACCUAUUCCGACGCGAAUCAAGUUGCCUCCUUUGCUUUCAAAGAAGAAAUCGCAGCAGCGGCUGUCGCUAGAUCUGGAGAGGACGAUGGGGAUACCGCUGAGCGCGCCGCACGCAGGAUCAACUCACGGCGGAGAGACUGGGGAGAACGAGGAGCACGAGAGCGAGGACGACAGCAGUUCGCAAAACUCGUCGAUCCCGGCUACGCCAGGGGUUGCGGUGAUGUUUGAAAAUCCGCAUCAGAAGCUGGAGGAGAUGCUGGAUCAGUGGAGUCCCGAGAUGGCGAUGCAGGCGGCUGCGGCUGAUGAGAAGGCUGCGCAGGAGGCGGCAGCGCAGGAGGUGGUGGAGGAGGACUUUGGCGGUGGACCGGGGCGGUCGUUGCUGGAUGAGCUUGCGGAGCGCAAGGCGCAGCAAAAGUCGCGGCAGCGGAAUCUUGUUGACGGGACGGCGUACGGCACGCUGCUGCAGGUGGACGGGGUGAUUGAGAAAGGACAGGAGAAGCGGCGGUCGGCGUUGAAUCGGUACGGAUUGGAUGGGAUGGAGUACGUGCGCAAUGGAGAGGACGAGAUGCCGCUGGGGGUGCGGUAUUCGCAGCAGCAGCAACAGCUGCAGCAGCAAAUGUAUGACGGCAACGAGACGGGGGAGCGGCGAAAGUCAGACGGGACGCGAUGGUCGCAGUACGGCCGAGGACAGGCGGGGAUGAUUGCGCCGUGGGGCGGUGGAGGAGGAGGAGGAGGAGGAGAAGCGCUGAGCAGGAGAGCGAGUGCGCAUUCGAUUGAGUCGAUGGCGCGGAGCGGGCUGAUUGUGCCGAGUACGGCAUCGCAGAGGAGAGAGUAUGAAGAGCAGCAUGGGUAUGCGCCGUCGGUGAUGUCGCGGGAUAUGUCGAUGCCUAAUCUGCACCAGUACGUUGCGGGAGGUGCGUCGGUGUAUAGUGGAGGAGCGCCGUCGGUGUAUAAUGGGGCGCCGUCGAUGUAUAACGGGGGAGCCGCGUCGAUGUAUAACGGGGGAGCCGCGUCGAUGUAUAACGGGGGAGCACCAUCGAUGUAUAACGGGGGAGCACCAUCGAUGUACAAUGGGGGUGCACCGUCGAUGUACAAUGGUGGGUAUGGAGGACAUCAUGCAGGAACGCCCGCAGCACCAACGAUGAUGCAGCAAGUGAGCCAGAGUGGAGUCCUUCGAGACCAACUACACGCGCGCCCGACGAGCCAGCGACCACAUUCAAAAGCGACGCUAAACAGCGAAGAGGCGCUGAUGAAGCGGUUGCAGGAGCGGCAGAUGGCGAUAGCAGCGGUCGGCGCGGUGCCGGAGCCGAAGAGCAAGACGCAGCCGACGUCGCGGAUGACGCAGGAAGGAUAUGAUUUGGCUGCGCGGAAGCAGCAGGCGCAGGUGCGGCAGCGACAGCAGCAGCAGCAGCAGUUGUUGAUGAAUCGAGGGCGCGGGGCGGGGGAGGUUAGUGAGUAUGAUGCGGAGGCGGCGAGGAGGGAGGUUGUGGAGAGAUGGAGGAGGAGUGUGUAUACGGGAUGA